GAAUUGUUAGAAUCUUUAUGAAACGUACCACUGAAGAUGAAGUUGAAAGAUUUGGCUUUUGUUAUUAUAUUAAUGAUCUUAGGAGAACUCUCUGCAGAAGAGAAACGCUGUGACUUUCCCACGGUAGAAAAUGGAAGGCUUGCCCAAUAUUACUAUACUUUUAAGAGUUUUUACUUCCCAAUGAGCAUAGACAAAAAGUUGCCAUUUUUCUGUUUGGCUGGCUACACAACUGAAAGUGGGAAACAAGAAGAGCAAAGCAGAUGUACAGCAGAGGGCUGGUCUCCAGAACCAAGGUGCUUCAGAAAAUGCACUAAGCCUGACCUAACAAAUGGCUAUGUCUCUGAUGUAAAAUUCUUGUAUAAAAUUAAAGAGAAUAUGCGUUAUGGUUGUGCUUCUGGAUAUAAAACCACUGGAGGGAAGGAUGAAGAAGUGGUGCAGUGUCUUUCUGAUGGAUGGUCUUCUCAGCCAACCUGUAGAAAGGAGCAUGAAACAUGUUUGGCCCCUGAAUUACAUAAUGGAAAUUAUUCCACAACACAGAAAACAUUCAAAGUGAAGGAUAAAGUGCAAUAUGAAUGUGCUGCUGGCUACUACACAGCUGGAGGAAAGCAUGCAGAGGAGGUGGAAUGCCACACAUAUGGAUGGUCUCUCACACCAAAGUGCACCAAAUUGCAGUGCUCUUCUUUAAGAUUAAUUGAGAAUGGCUAUUUUCAUCCUAUAAAGCAAACCUAUGAAGAAGGAGAUGUGGUUCAGUUUUUCUGUCAUGAAAAUUAUUAUCUAAGUGGACCCGACCUAAUUCAGUGCUAUAACUUUGGUUGGUACCCAGAAUCUCCUGUAUGUGAAGGAAGAAGACAUCGAUGUCCUCCUCCACCUCUGCCCCUAAACUCCAAAACUGAAAAGUAUGCAACAGCUUAUCGUCAUGGAGAAAUAGUUCGUAUACAAUGUGAACUUAAUUUUCUGAUUCAGGGGUCAGAAGAAAUACGCUGUGAAAAUGGAAAGUGGACAGAACCUCCAAAAUGCAUUGAAGAAAAGGAGAAGAGGGUCUGUGAGGAACCACCCUUCGUGGAGAAUGGUGCAGCAAACCUACAUUCUAAGAUUUAUUACAGUGGGGAUAAAGUGACAUACAGAUGUGACAGAGGCUACCAUAUCCGUGGAUCAAAUGAGAUAGCUUGUAAUCGUGGAAAAUGGACAAUUCCCCCUGAGUGUGUUGAAAAUAAUGAGAAUUGUAGGCCUCCACCUAAUAUAACAAAUGGGGCUGUGGUUGGUGUGUUAUUGCCAAGCUACACAACAGAAUCCUCAGUGGAGUAUAGAUGCAAUGAAUAUUACUUAUUGAGGGGAUCAAAAAUAUCUCAUUGUGAACAAGGAAGAUGGUCAUCCCCACCUGUUUGCCUGGAGCCAUGCACCGUGAAUGCGGAUAACAUGAACAGAAAUAACAUAGAAAUGAAGUGGGCCUAUGAAGGAAAAAUCUUGCAUGGAGAUUUAAUAGAUUUUGUAUGCAAACAAGGAUAUGAUUUGCCUCCAUCAACCCUGUCUGGGUUGUCUGUGCAGUGCAAUCGGGGAGAAGUGAAAUAUCCUUUAUGUGUUAGAAAAGAAUCUAAAGGAAUGUGUUCAUCUCCUCCACUUAUUAAAAAUGGAGUGCUUAUUAGUUCAGCAGGAGGCAUCUAUGAGAAUGGUUCUUCAAUAGAAUACAGAUGUUUUGAUCACCAUUUCCUGCAAGGACCUAGGGAGGCCUAUUGUGUAGAGGGAGUAUGGACUACACCACCAUUGUGCUUAGAACCUUGCACAUUAUCUUUUGUUGAAAUGGAAAGGAAUAAUUUACUCUUGAAGUGGGAUUUUGAUAAUAGACCACACAUUUUCCAUGGAGAGUAUAUUGAAUUUCUUUGCAGAAGGGACACUUACAUAGCUGAAGCAUCAUCUGUUAUUGUCUCUGAACUUAGAGUACAGUGUGACAGAGGGCAGUUGAAGUAUCCAAGGUGUAUUCCAAGAGACAGGAUUCUGUCUUAUCAAGAACCCUUAAGGACAUGAAAAUGAAUGGCAGAAAAAAGAACAGGAUUUCAACACAUCAUAAAAAUCUCUUUUAAAAUAAGCUUUAGAAAGUAUAUAUUAAAAAGUCUUAAAUAUUGA